AUGCAAGAACCACCAUUUGCGAAAGCUGAUCAGCUCAACGAUGAGCUUGACAUUAUAGCAAGUCCAACAGCGCCUGCAAUAUCAACAAUACGCCUACCAGGUCAACCACGCAUCUAUAUAAAUCAGUAUGCAAAAGUUGAUGAUUUUCUCAAACAAGAGUUUCUUCUAAAAGACCUAGAGAGUAUCUCUCCAUAUCUAUGGAUGAUGUCAAAGCAUGACAGUAAAAGCAUCUCUCCACUACAUCGCCAAAAGGUCAAAGGUCGCGAUAUCGUUAUCACUGAAGAUCCACGACUGCAUUUAGUGUGGUAUCACGACCGCAUAUUUAUCAAACCACUCCCAAAAUACCUUUUAUCCCACUAUUUUUGGGAGGCCUAUCUUUGCAUCAAUCGCCACUCUUCACCAGAGCAGAUUACUCUUCAGAAAGCAGUUCUAGGAUAUCUCAGAACAUACAUCUAUCUCAUCAAAUAUGAAUCCGAUUUUCGUAUAGCUAUCGAUGAUAAACUUCAAUUAAUCCCUCCUGAUAUUACCUUUCUAAAAUUCUGCGAUUUUAUCGCAUCUUUGGAAAACCUUCCUGAUAUCGACGUUUCUGGACGAUAUGCUUAUGGCGAGAUUCGACUCACAAGACUCAAUCUGUAUUCGAAAAUCUUCUUAAAGAAGUUCAGCUUCCACCGUGUUCGUAUACAAUACUCCGACUAUUUCGCUUCGUUCUAUGGGCCUUUACUUUUUGUAUUUGCGAUAGUUUCAGUGGUGCUGAGUGCGAUGCAGGUUUCUAUGGCGAUUAACUUUGAUGUGACUAAGCAGUGGAAAUCUUUUGAGCAGUUUUGCCAAUGGUUUAGUAUCAUUUGUCUUUCUGUAGUGGCAAUUUUGGUUCUUUGGCUUGGUUUGUUAUUCUUAUAUAAAUUUAUAAAGGAGUGGGUUUAUGCCAUCAGUGAGCAUUGGAGAAGAAAAAACUGUUCUAGGUUCUGA